AUGCGGCUGCUUCCUUUGCUUGCACUUCUCGUGUAUCUUGUGCCAUGUCUGUUCGUGUUUGCGGCACGGAUACCUCACAGUGAGGGCAAUAAGUAUGGGAGCAUCGCCAUAAUAGAAGCUAGAGCAACAGACCAAGCGACUACAACAACAGCAGAUGCAACCACUGGGACAACAGCGAGCGCAACUGGCCAUGCGACGGCCACAGCCAAUUCCACCUCGGCGUCGAAUACAACCACCUUGGCCACUACGGCUACAGCGACUUUGGCUACGCCGGUCCCAACUGGUAAUGAAACGACUCCGAUCGCACCUGGUGCGCUCCCUUUGCAACCUACGAUAACACCUGCGUUGGGCAUCGGUGGCGUCAUUUUAAUCGCCGCCGGCGCAGUCCUUGCAAUAAUAGGAAUACGAAAUCUAUGGAUCCAAGUCUUCUUAUCAACCGCUUUCUUAGCUGGUAUUGGAGUAACUGUUCUCAUCGUCUACGUCAUGAAUCCCCCAGUCCGUGUCGCAGUUCAGGGCGCCUACCUCGUCGCCAUUUUCUUCACAGGAGUGACUUUUGGAGCAUUAUCGCUUGUAUUCAAGGAAUUAACAGAGGGGCUUGGCUGUCUUCUAGGUGGAUUCUGCUGCAGCAUGUGGCUUCUCUCCCUUAAGUCAGGCGGCCUUCUCACACAAACGGAUGCCAAAAGCGGGUUCAUUGGCGCUAUCUCAGUCGCAUUCUAUGCCCUGUCAUUCAGUCACUACACCCGACCCUAUGGACUAAUGGCGUCAACUGGUAUUUCUGGAGGUACUGCCAUUGCAUUAGGAAUCGACUGCUUUAGUCGUGCUGGUUGGAAGGAGUUCUGGCUGUAUAUUUGGGCUCUGAAUGACGAUAUUUUCCCUUUGGGCACAAGUACCUACCCUGUGACUCGUAACAUUAAAGUUGAGCUUGCUGCCACAGUCAUUAUUGCCGUCCUAGGUGUGAUCUCACAACUCAGGCUAUGGAAAGUAAUCCGGGAAAGAAGGCAGAAAGAGAAUGAAGUUCGCGAGAAAGAGCAGAAAGAAAAAGAGGAAGCCGAGCUCGAGAUCGGGCGGAGGUUCGAAGAAAAGAAUAUGGAAGAGCGUUUAGAAUGGGAAGCCAGACAUGGCAAUCCCAACUCCGGCAUUCCAGAGCUUGCAGACAAUUCAAAGAGCGAUUGUCCUGGAGAUCACGCAGUCGAUGUGGAGAAAGGCGGUACAGUUGACACGUCAACUGUUGCAAGCUCUUCACAGGAGUCCUAUCGUUGCUCUGAUUGCUUAGAGAGGCGAGCGAAUGGUGAAUCUGCGUAUGCUGCUUCACGCACGAGUGGGUACACUGGAGAUUCUCAGAGUCGACAGCUAGAAGAUACCACGGUGGGAGUCGAGACAGAAGACCAAGACGACUCCUCUCCCGACAGAGGAAAGGCCCCGCUGAAAGUGUUUGAUGGGGCAGCUGCAGCCAAGAUCAAAGAUGACAAUAGCUCUGAUAUGACAGCUAUCGUUGGCUCCGAAGCAGGAACAAUACGAUCCAAGCGGCUUUCCGGGAGAGACCUAUUGGACAGAGUGUCUGCGAAAAAUAGCACAAGGCUUAUGUCUCAGUCUCAAGAAGCGCUGGUCUCCUGCGAUGGUUCAUCCGUGCAAGACACCGUAGACAGAAGCUCUGCCGCCGCCUCUGAUAGUCACAGUAAUGUGGUGAGAAAUAAUGUGGAAGAAGAAGAUGGGCUUGCAUCUAAUCCGGAAGAUGCUCCGAUCCCCUCUGCUAUACAGGAAGCUAAUGGUAAGGAGGCACCCAGGCCUGAGAAAGAAGUUGAAAAAAGUGUCGGGGAGCCUAGCGUCUAUUCGCGUGGGGUAGACGAGCAAAAGUUCGGUGAAGUGGAGCAAGAGGGGGACAAACAAGAGAUGAAAGAGGGUAUCCCAAGAAAAGAAAACCCUAGUGACCGCCGCCCGUCACUAUCAUCAGCCCAGGAGAAGAACAUACCCGAGCCAAAACUCGACAAGCAGUCGACAGAAAUGCUUCAAGAAACUGAGAUGACAGCCGAGACAACAGGGCCCACAGACCAGAAUGGCGGCAAGCCGCAGGUCAUUGGGUCCAAUGUAAAUGGCUCGGUGACAAAAGAUCAAGAUGAGAAGCCAGUCGAAGCCAGCCAAUCAAGGGGGUCUUCGCCCAAAGAAUCCCCUCCAAAUACUAAGGAUUCUGCCCUUGUCAAGCAGAGAUCUUCGAAGUCAGGAUCCGAAAUCAAGACCAAGCUUACGAAAGAAGCACCACUUCGAUUGGACACAGAAACUAUAAAACGACUUCCACAACGAACAUCAAGGGUAGUACAAUCCUAUCGGACGAAUGAGUGGGCUAAGCAUUUGGACGAUGCGGAAGUUCCCGAACCUGAACCGAUCGAGCCCGUCGAAGAGGACGAACCCGAAAUCCCUGAUGAAGUUAAAGAGGCCGCUGCACCUGUCAAAGUAGAAGAGCUACUGCAAACACCUUUGAAUGCGCAGCCACCGCCUGCUGUCGAGAGGCGUGUCUCUAUCGCCGAGCCACCGGUUACAAAAGAAAAUAGCCAGAUGCCCAACGACUCUCAGUUGCAGUUCAACUCUCGAGCGCAUAAGAGAGCAGUUUCCGGGUCAACUGUCUACUCGGAAACCAAACUUUCUCAUUCUGUACUUCCAGGAACCCAAGACCAACCAGUCCAGGGAGUUCCUGAUUCUGCCAAUACCUACGACGCGGUAUCUCCUACAGUCGACCCAGGGCAACCACCACGUGCGGAGGCCGAGGUUGCGAGACCCCAGUGGAAAGGGCCACCCCCUCUCAUUGCAGUGCGCGAGGGCAUGGUGCGAAACAGGCUGUCGUCUGUCUCGCUCAGUGCUGACCCCUGGCCCUCAAGGUUCGUUCAGGGAGCCGAGGUUUCGCCCCGACAAUCAAGCUUCCCCAUCCCCGAAGAAGCAGACGACAUGCCUCUCUCCCGACGUCGCACACUGCUGCAUCAGCAGAUGGCUGUGCAGUCUAAUGUAAGCCAAGCUCCCUUGAGAAGGGGUGCAUCAACACCAUUCAACACGCCAAGUUUAUUGCCGGCACGGCGGGAAUCUGUACGAGAAAAUGUAUAUGACAGGCGAAGUCUCCCGGCCCGGAAGCCUCCAAUGACCAGUCAAGGGAUGGUUGAGCGGAAUCCAACCUCUUCCAAGAAGCUGCAGGGAAGAGCCUCAUCAGCCAAGUUUGAGAACGCGAUUGCGGAAGCAAUCUUCACCACGACGGCCCUUCCUGUCACCGUGUCUCCUCCUCCUUCUCGUCUCUCAUAUAUUCUCGACUCGUCGCCCGUGUCGGAAACGGCGUCUUUCGCGGCCCCUCGGGAUCCUCCUCUUAUAUCCCCGCCCGAGGCCGAAGAGUCUUCCCUGCCCCCGCGUGGCUAUCGAAGCCCGCGCCGUUCGUGGGAGUCCCACCAGCGUGCAUCGUCAUCGGCCUAUCACUCCAAGCCAACGAGCUCCUCCCGAUCCAUACCGCGACACAAGGGUUUUUGGACUCCCUCCACCAUCUUACGGCCUCCCUCAGUUCGACUCGCGAACCCCGUCAACUACGUCCCGCGAAUUACGCCGGUCACCGUCCCCCAUCCCUUCCAGAGCUCCGAAGAGAGUCUCUGUCUCGAGGUGCACCGCGACGCAUACCCUCUCCUGUCGAUUCCCGAGCAACGUCGCAGCCGACUCACCCCAUCCCCGAAUAGUCUAGUGGUGGAGCGCAGCCAGGGGGAGACCGAAAGUGGGCGCUCCAGCAUCGCAGUGCCUCGAGCGCAAAGGCGCAGUGGUACCUUCAACGAAGAUUGGCCAUUACAGGAAAUGCCAGAAUCGGCUGGAAAUCAUGGGAGUCCGGAGGCACAUGGUAUUCGUCCACCCGACCGGGCACAUCUGACCCUAGACCCCGUCGUCGACCGAUCGAAUCCCCUCGAUGAGCGCCCCCGACAUAUACAAUCACAGGCUUCUCUGCGGUCGCAAGCACAGAUCGCUUCAAUACCGUCGCAUACGGGGCAACACCCCGGUGGCGAAGCCGACGUGGCGGAGGAGUUAGCCUGGGGACCAGCCCACCCGUGUUACCCUCAUAUCAACCCGCAUGUAUCAGUGAGGUCCCAGGAGUAUCAUACGACACGCAUUAUUCGUAUUCGUCGAGACUGGAUGGUUAGGGGAGAUCUGGCCCCGACGUUCUCCAACUUGUAUCCGGAGAUUCUCGAUCCGUUACUGCCUGAGCAGGAGUUCCGCAGGAUUAUUGCUACGGUCAAUGACAAGCUUGUAAAAGCAUUCGAUCCAUUCAGCCUUCGGAACUGGAUAGAUGGAGCACUGGCGUUGUUGACCGGGUGGAUCUGGGAGGAUAUAGGGGCCACGGGAGUCAAAAGCCAGCUCAAACAGAUAGAAGACUGGGUGGAGAAUUGGAACCGUGAGGUCGGCGCAAAGGAUGGGGUAUAUAUUUGGAGUCUUCGACGGACGGCUUACAUGUCGUUGGACAUACAGAUUCCUGACCCCAAGGUUGGCAUCAUUCCCAGUGAGCGUGGGCCAUCACUGCCCGGGACUCGACCGAGCAGUGGUGUAUAG